CUACACGUGCGGUUAUACGUCAAACGUUCACAGUACAUGGAUCACCGCGGAAUAGCUAGUUUUUUACAAAUUGUCUAAAUGGGUGACGAUGAAAGUGCUUUGGACAAGAAAAGGUCCCAUCGGCCACGACAAUCUGGUGUAAGCGCGGAGAAGAAAAAGUCGAAGACCAAGCCCCAGGAUGAAAAUCUCACGGCUCGUCAGCGUAAUCCGAAAGCGUUCGCCAUCAACUCAGCUCAACGGGCAGAGCGCCGAUUUCGUCGCAAGGAGGACAUCACUGCCAAGAAACAGCAUGUCCCGCUCGUCGACAAGACUCCCGAGGAACCGCCGCCGAUUCUCAUUGCUGUCGUAGGCCCGCCGAAAGUCGGCAAAACCACGCUCAUAAACAAUUUGAUUAAAAACUUCACCCGCACGAACGUCGUUGAUAUUUCCGGACCCAUCACAAUAGUUACGUCUAAAAAGCGGCGGAUUACGCUGAUCGAGUGCAACAAUGAUAUUAAUUGCAUGAUUGAUAUCGCGAAAUGUGCAGACCUUGUGCUGUUGCUUUGCGACGCGAGCUUCGGGUUCGAAAUGGAAAUCUUUGAGUUCCUGAAUAUCUGCCAGGUGCAUGGCAUGCCUAAGAUUAUGGGGGUCCUGACACACUUGGAUAUGAUCAAGAGCCCGAAAGCCUUGAAGCGACGAAAGAAGGAGUUGAAGCAUCGUUUCUGGACCGAGGUUUACGACGGAGCCAAAUUGUUCUACCUCUCAGGGAUCUUGCAUGGCGAAUACCUCCGCAAUGAAAUCAAGAACUUGGGACGUUUCAUAUCCGUUAUGAAGUUCCGUCCCCUUACUUGGCGUGGAGCUCACAGCUACGUCCUGGCUGAUCGAGUUGAGGACGUAACCAAUACUGAAAUGAUUCGACAGAAUCCAAAGUGCGACCGAGAAGUGAUUCUUUACGGAUACGUUCGUGGUGUCCCAAUGAAUAAGGAGUCAAUGGUGCACGUUGCAGGGGUUGGAGAUCUUAGAAUUAGCGAACUCAGCGCCCUAAAAGAUCCCUGCCCGCUCCCAGGAACGGAGAAAAAACGGAAUCUAUUGGAAAAGGAACGCCUCUUGUACGCCCCAAUGUCUGGUGUCGGAGGAAUUGUUUACGACAAAGAUGCGGUUUAUAUUGAACUCCAAGGAUCCCACAGCCACCGCGACAAAGCCAAUGCUAAUCCCGAGCAAGAGGAGCUGGUCUCAAAGCUGAAGGAGAAGAAACAAACCGUCGACAUGCAAAUUGAGGAACAGGAGUUCAGGUUGUUCUCCGAUGGUAACAUUAUUAAAUCGAAAAAUUUCAAGGAAGAACCUGUCGUGAAAGAGGAAGACGAUGAUUCGGAGGAUUCAGGAUCGGAAGAUGAUGAUGAUGAUGACGACGGUAACGAUUCUGGAGUUGGAGAGAAAGAAGAGGAAAGUGCCGGCGAGAGUGAGAGCGAAGAUGAAGAAACGAAUUGGCAGAAUGAAAGCAGCGAGGAACAGUCAGCGGAAGAAGGCGAUGAAGAAACGUCGGAUGAAGAAUAUCAAGAGCAGGGUGAAAACUCAAAUGACGAAGAUGAAGAUGACGAGGAUGAGGAGGAAGAAGAUGAAGUCAUGAAGAGUAAUUUGUCAUGGAAAGAGAACUUGGCACAAAAGGCUCGUGAUGCAUAUCUGGAACGGCAAUCGGAAUCAAAAAGUCUCAUGAAGUUGGUGUAUGGUGUCUACAGUUCGCGGAAUGAAUCCAACAACGAGGACAAUACUGUCAAACAAGAAGAAAGUGAUUCCGAUGAAGAAAUCGGCGGCUUGUUCAAAGUAGUCGCCGAAAAACAAGCUAACCUACAAACUGAACGUUCCAUAAAGGAUGUAGAUGAAUGCUGUUUCUUCAAACAAGGUGGCGGAGAAAUCCGCGAUUGGUUGUUAGAUGAGUAUAAAGAGCAAAUCAAAAAUUGCUUCGUAACUGGCAAGUGGAGAGCUUCUGAGGACGCUGAAGAGCUUCUAAAAUUAGAUGAUCUUAGUGAUAACGACAGUGAAAUAUAUGGAGAUUUCGAGGAUUUGGAAACAGGUGAAAAGCAUAAAGCUGAAGAAAAACCUAAGAAAUCCAGCGGAGAUAAGGACGACAGUGAUGACAAUGCGGACCAAGAUGAGGAGAACUCGCGUAAACGGAAAAUCACUCGAGUUGAAGAGGAGAAUAUGACAAAAUCUGAGCUUAUGGCUAAAAAGAUGAAACUGAAGGCGAAAUUUGAUGCAGAAUAUGAUAACAAAGAUGAUUCUGGUAGAAUUACAGGAGAUCAUUCACAUUACGAGAACUUGAAGGCAGAGGCUCAGAAGCAAUCAGAGCUGAAUAGAAAUGAAUUUGCACAUCUGGAUGAAGAUUUGCGAUUGCAAGUAGAAGGACAUCGUGCUGGAUUGUACGUCCGAAUUGGAUUCAAGAACAUUCCCGCUGAAUUUAUAGAACACUUGGAUACGACCUACCCAAUUCUUAUCGGUGGAUUAAACAUGGCCGAGGAAAAUAUUGGCUAUGUCAACUGUAAGAUCAAGAAACAUCGUUGGUAUAAGAAAAUUCUGAAAACGGGAGAUCCACUUAUUAUUUCCCUCGGUUGGCGGCGAUUCCAAACAAUUUCAAUCUUUGCGAAAGUCGAGGAUAAUUUGAAACAUCGAUUCCUAAAGUAUACGCCGAACCAUCAAACUUGCAGUAUGACUUUCUGGGGACCGAUAACGCCGCAAAACACAGGCUUUCUAGCCCUUCAGAGCGUACAAAAUGAUCGAAGUGAAAUGAAGAGGCUCGGUUUCCGGAUAGCAGCGACAGGAUGUGUAACGGAAAUGGACAAGUCGACGCAGAUUAUGAAAAAAUUGAAAUUGGUCGGAACACCGUUUAAAGUUUACAAGAAAACAGGAUUUAUCAAAGGAAUGUUCACUUCUACCCUGGAAGUGGCCAAGUUUGAAGGAGCCAAAAUUAAAACAGUUUCCGGAAUUCGAGGGCAGAUUAAAAAAUCACAUCCAAAUCCAGAGGGAUCGUUCCGUGCUACAUUUGAGGACAAGAUAUUGUUGAGCGAUAUUGUGAUUUGUCGAACAUGGUUCAAAGUAGAUGUUCCGCAGUUUUACACCCCUGUGACGUCCUUGCUCCUAUCACCCGAGGAGAAGUCACAAUGGCAAGGCAUGAAAACUCUGGGUCAACUUAAACGUGAACAAAAUAUUCGCAAUCAACCCAACGUAGAUAGUCUUUACACUGAUAUCAAACGCGAACCUAAACGCUUUAAGCCGUUGGUGAUUCCUAAAUCUCUUCAGCGUGCUUUGCCUUACAAGUACAAGCCUAAGUUAGGACCAUUAAAUCCGAAGGGAUCAAUCGAAGAUGAGCGCAUUGCGGUAAUUCGAUCGCCCCACGAGCAAAAGGUCGCCAAAGUGAUGGAUAUGCUCAAAACAAACUACCAGGAUAAGCGGCAGCGGGACAAAGCCAUUACAAAAGAAAGAAUAAAAGAAUUCAAGAAACGAAAAGAAGCAGAAGAAAUGAGGAAGCUGAAGCGACAGAAGGAGCUUCGGAAGAAGGUAUCCCGUGCAAUUAGUAAAAUGAAUGCCAGCGGAAAGUCAAAAAGUUAGUGGAAUAGUUUUGUUAGGUAUUUUAUAAAAAUAAAUAAAAAAAACAUUUUUUGAAA